AGAGUGACGUAGGUUUUGAACGAGUCGAAAAAGCCUACUUCGCCUUCGUACAUCCUUCGACGCCGUUCCUUCCUCUCGGAUCGGAAGUCGCGAAAGUUCGCCGUUCUUUCUGUUGGAUCGGACGUAGCGAUGGGAGCUUGCUCGCUGUGAAGGCAACUAUCGUUCUCUCUUUCGCGCGCUUCUUCAGCCAAAUCCCGCUCCUGAAGUAGUGUGCGGUCAAUUAAAGUGGAUUACUGCUUCCGACGAUUGAGGAAUCAAAGUCUAGAAGAACUCGUAUGCAACACUUGCUUGAAAAACGACCAUUUGAAUCUCAGUUAAUGAGUCAUUAAAAGAGCUAGCACUCAGUCAACACUUGGGUAGAGUUGUAUUACAUUGACAUUAUGGUGCAGUAAUCGUGUGAGAUGGAAUGAGGCAAACUUGCAUGAGAUUGAAUCAAAUAAACCGGUGAGGCAAAAAAUCACUGAACCCAAGACGCCAUACCACCCUAUGAUUGAUGAUGAUGGUUCCUUAUCACCAAGAUGUGCUUUUGAUGAAUGUAUUGAAGGUCCUGUGAAUGCUGAGGAUAUUGCAAAUGCUUUAAGUAAUGUGGCUUCUUCAAGUCAAAUAAUUUCUAGGAAUGAAGGUUGGACAUCAUCAGAAGAAGAAUGUGAUGCCAUGGAACAAGAUGAAGAUCCUGAAGCUGAAAGAGGAAGGUUAAGCUUCAAGGAGCAUCGACGGGUUCAUUACGAUGAGUUCAGGAAGGUCAAGGAGCUAUUACGAUCUGGAUCUCUAGUUCUUGAUGAUGAAGAAGAAGGCGGAGGAGGAAAGCGCAGCGAAGGGAAGGCUUCGUCUUUGAAAACCGUACCUGCGAAAGAAUUCUUCCACCAAAAUUAAGCACCUUCGACUGAUGAAUCCCGAGAAAACUUAGCGCUACCAAGUUUCAACUGGUAAGAACAUUUUGCUUGUUUGAAAUAAGAUAAAUAUUUUGCAGAAUAAUGAAUUCAAAUUGACUAUCACUUGGUUAUAUGUAAUUAGAAAUUAAUAUCUACUCUAUAUUUAUCAGCUUUUUUGGAUUUUUUUUUA